AUGAAUUAUCUUGUUGAAAAAGAUUCCCGUUCAUCUUCGAUUGUUAUUUAUGAUUUUAACAAUGAUGAUCGAUUAGAUUUAUUAGUUAAUGAUUUUAAUGAUAAUAGUUUACUUUUACUAACUGGUAAUGAUGAUGGAACUUUUAAGCGAACAACAACGUAUUCGACUGGAGAUAAAUCAGCUCCAAAACAUAUUUGUAUUGGUGAUUUUAACAAUGACAAUCGAAUGGAUAUUGUCACAGCUAAUUAUGGUUCUGAUAGUGUAGGUAUUCUUCUUGCACAAGGCAAUGGAAUUUUUUCUAAUGUGACAACUUACUUUGUGAGUGAUGGUUCUACACCGUGGUCAGUCAAUGUUGGAGAUUUCAAUAAUGAUAAUCGAUUAGAUAUUGUCACUGCAAAUUAUGGAUCUGGUGGCUUAGGUGUUCUUCUUGGACAUGGUAAUGGAACUUUUGGUAAGGCGAUGACAUACUCUGCUAAUAUUAUUGUUCGGCCGGUAUUAAUUGGUGUUGGCGAUGUCAAUAAUGAUAAACAAUUGGAUAUUGCCAUUACUGAUUACACGUCUGGCAAUGUGGGUAUCCUUCUAGGACUUGGUGAUGGAACUUUUUCGAAUGCAACGACGUAUUCUGUUGGUAGUUCUUCUUCUCCAAAUGGUCUCAGUCUCUUUGAUUUGAAUAAUGAUAAUCAUCUGGAUCUUAUUGUUACUACUUUCAAUGGAGGUUUAGUAGGUAUUCUUCUCGGAUAUGGUAACGGAUCUUUUCAAGAAAUCACAAAAUAUUCAACUGGUUCUACUUCGUCCACUUUUCGCAUCGCUAUUGCUGAUUUCAACAAUGAUUAUCUAUAUGAUUUCGCCGUGACCGAUAUCGCAAAUAACAAAGUAAUUAUCUUUUAUGGAUAUGGAAAUGGCAGUUUCCAACUUGCAAGGACAUAUUCUACUGGUUUUGGUUCGAAGCCGUAUGACAUCACCACUGCCAAGCUGAAGAACAGCAAUCAAAUAAAUAUCAUUGUUACUCUAUGGGGUAUUGGAAAUGUUGGUAUUUUAACUGAAUAUGCUGCUGCAGAAUUUGCAAAUCAAAAAAGAUAUUCAACUGGUUUAGCUCCACAAUCUUAUUCUGUCACUGUUGGUAAUUUCAAUGAUGAUAAUUAUGUAGACAUAGCCAUCGUCAAUUCAGGAAGUGAUAAUUUAGAUAUACUUUUCAAUACGGGUAAUGGUACAUUCGAAAGACAAAUAACAUAUCAUAUUGGUGCUGAUUCAUAUCCACAAUAUGUUAUUGCUGAUGAUAUCAAUAAAGAUAAUCAUUUAGAUAUAGUUACUGUUAAUUCAAAGAGUAAUAGUAUUAGUUUAAUUAUGGGAUAUGGUAAUGGAACUUUUGAUAUUCCAAAGGUAUAUUCAACUGGAGAAGAUUCAUAUCCGUUGGCAAUAGCUAUUAGUGAUCUCAAUAAUGACAAUCGAGCGGAUUUAAUCAUUGCUAAUGCAGGUACAGAUAGUAUAGGUAUACUUAUUGGAUUUGAUUAUACAGCAUUUCAAAGUCAUAAGACUUAUUCCAGUGAUAAUACUCGAACACCACUGGGUAUCAUUACUAGUGACUUCAAUAAUGAUAAAUAUCUAGAUAUUGCAGUUACUUUUUCUUCGAGUGAUAACAUUGGUAUUCUUCUUGGAUAUGGUAACGGAAAUUUUGGUGUUAUGAUGACUUAUUCGACUGGAAAUGGUUCACGACCUGUUUCCUUGGCUAUUCAUGAUUUUAACAAUGAUGGACGAUUGGACAUUGUUGUCGUUAAUUCAGGCACUAAUGACAUAGGUAUACUUGUUGGAUAUGGUAAUGGAAGUUUCACUAUCAGCAGAAGAUAUUCAACUGGAUAUAAUUCUAAUCCGGUUAUGAUCGUCUUAACCGAUAUAAACAAUGAUGGUCAAAUAGAUAUUGUCGUGGCCAACUCUGUUGCUAAUAAUAUAGGUAUUCUACUUGGACAUGACAAUUUGACUUUCGAUACCAUAAUUACUUAUUCGACUGGAAAUAAUGCCAAGCCACAGUCGCUUGCUAUAGGUGAUUUUGAUAAUGACGGUCAAAUAGAUAUCGCCGUAGCUAAUUAUCGUACUAGCAGUAUCAGUAUUUUUUUAGGUUAUCAAAAUGGAAAUUUUACAGCUCAAGUGAGCUAUUCAACGGGUUAUCAAUCUUGGCCAUAUUCAAUAACUGUUGGAGAUUUCAAUAGAGACAAUCAACUUGAUAUUGCUACUGGUAAUUUUAAUAUGAAUGAUGUCAGUAUUUUUCUUGGACAUGGAAAUGGUACUUUUGUUUCUGUCAUGACAUUUUCCACUGGAGAUGGUUCUGCUCCAGAAUUUGUUGAAGCUCAUGAUUUUAAUAAUGAUGGCAUAUUAGAUAUUGCUAUCGCUAAUUCUGGAACUAACAAUAUUGUUGUACUUUUUGGCUUUGGAGAUGGAAGUUUCUUACUAGGAACUGCAUAUCGAACUGGUGUAGGAUCUGGACCAUAUGCAUUAGCUAUUGGCGAUUUUGACAAUGACUCUCAGUUAGAUAUCGCCGUCGCAAAUGCACAGUCAAACGAUAUAGGCAUCUUUCUCGCAUAUGGCACAGAACUUUAUGCUGGCAUAACAUCAUAA